GACAAGGAUUUUUGUGAAAGCAGGACAACUCAAACAUUGAUUCACGUCUCAUUUUCCAACUUGCCAGUAUUUCCCAAACAUAAAGAAGAAUCAGAGUAACCGUGUGUUAAUUUCAACCAUUCAAUGAAAGUUCCGUGAGUAGAAACAUACAUGUGCAAAACGUCGGACAACGAAAGGGCAAAAAAGUUGGAUUAUGCAACACCUAUUAAAGCUGCACGCAAAUACGAAAAGAGUCAGGAUAAGAAACCUCAUUUAACAGGGGACCGGUGUAGUGGUGCUUUACUUCAGUCACCAUCGUCAUCUCACUCCUUUCCUGAUAUAGAUAAUGUCCAACUUACAAUACUAUCUCGUAAUACUAAACAUUUGAAACAGAUUAACAGGACAAAAGCCAGUAAUGCCGUUCCCGAAACAUUGAAAGAAAAUAAUAAAUCCACACAAGUCAUCCGUGCAAAGACCUCGACUAGGGAAUUAUCUCACAUCAGCAUUGCAAAUAAAUGCAUUACUCCUAGGAGUGCUGGGAAUAGGAAAUCAAAGAAAGUCUCUAAUAAUAAUUUGAAAAUCUCGAGGCCAUCCUUCCAGUUCAACGCCCCAUUUAUAAGAGAAUUGGGAGAAUUUAUAAUUACGGAUGAUGAGUUGAAAGUCACAACCCCGUUACAACGUCAGAAAUCUCUUUCUGAAAAGCAUAUUGAAAGGAUAGGUAAACCACUUGAAGUGAUUAGAAAUAAGCGACCUACUCCUCUUAAACGCUGUAUUUUGAAUGAGCGCGCUAUCCGCAAGGCUCAGCGAAGUCGGUCACUUCCAGCCCCUGUAGAAAUUACUUUUGCGACCGCUGAAUCUCCUAGUGUGACGAAAACCACAGAGUUCCGUACUCCUGAUAGCUUUAAUAGUUCACUAAAAGAACCCAAUUCUUCAUCGGAAAUCGAAAACUAUCUUGUGAGUGAGUUGAUUUCACGAUUGGUUGCAUUCCAAGACAGAGCAUAUGUAACUCAUGCUAAUAGCCCCUUUCAUCUCAAACGAACAAAGCGUCUUGUUUGUGGUUUUCAUGAAGUAAUCAAACACUUAAAGUUAAAACACAUGCGAAUCGUCUUCGUGGCUCGCGAUCUUGAAGGCAAUGCUACCAGCUAUUUAUGUCACGAUAAAAUUAGAAGUGAUGAAAAGGAAGUCGGAACUGGAACAGCUCUUGGUGCAUUGGAAAAAAUACUUUCCCAGAUUUGGGAACUUGCAAAAGAAUGUGAACCACCAGUACCAAUAAUCAUUACUCAUACAAGGAAGAAAUUAGCACAUUUAUGUCAUAAACCAAGACCUGUAUCUGUCGUAGGAAUUAUAAACGCUGAUGGAGCAUAUGAAGUUGAAAAAAAGCUGUUAGACAUGAAAUCUGGAGUUAAUUUAAGAUGUAUAAGAAGUCUGGAGACUGGUCAAACAAACACAGUGAAUGAGCUCACUGCUGGAAACUCAAAUGCUGCAAUCAUCGAAAAGUUGCGGCGUGCUGUUGAAUCCAUCAAUAUUGAGUAGCUUUUGUUUGAAGUCAGAUGUCCAUACCUCCUAUCACUACGGAUGACUGGUAAAUCCCCUUCUUCCAUAUUGUACAUAGUUUACUUUACUUGUGCAUACUUCAGUUGACUUUGUGUCUUUGAAAUAAAUUGUAAACAAUUCUUC